CUUCACCUGGACAGCCCAAGGGCGAGGCCACACUGUAUAUAAGGAAGGUGACAACGUUGGACACAACAUUAGUCUUCUCACAGAUCUCAAAGACCUUCUGAAGUCUUCACAGGCACAGAGAUGCUUUACUCUGUCCUUCUGGUGCUGGGCGUCUGCCUGGUGCCUACUCAGUCUAAACCAACAGGAGAAUAUCUUGGCAGUCGUUUCCUUGAACACUGUUUUGAGCAGGCAAAGAAAAUUGUGGAUGACUCUUACAUGUACUCCAGAGAAGAGAGUCUGAGGCGCGUCCGCCGUGAGGUGGUGAAUCCUCACGAUGCUCUUCGUCUCCUGAAGCAGCCUCGGGGUGACACCCGCUCAGCUGUGAGAUCUGCAGACUACAUGGAACAAACCCUUCGCCUGCUGCGCGACAAGGUGCACCGUGUGCACAAACGCUCGCUCAACGCAACAGAUUUGCUGUCUGAAGAAGACCUGAGAAAGCUUGCCAAUAUCACGGGGUGUGCAGCUCGAACCCGCCCUCCACAAUGCCGCUCCACACCAAACAUUAACAAGUAUCGCACAGCCACCAGCGUCUGCAACAACCUAAAUAAUCCUCGCCUUGGAGCCUCCAACACCCCUUUCACCCGCUGGCUGCCUACCGAAUACGACGACGGCAUCUCCCAACCAAAAGGCUGGAACAACCGAACAGUGAACAACUUCUUGCUCCCACUGGUGCGACAGGUGUCCAACAACAUCCUAAGCACAACUGAUGCAGGUGUGGUCAGCGACAGAGAGUUAUCUUACAUGGUGACCUUCUUUGGCCAGUGGAACGACCACGAUCUGUCCUUCACGCCCUUCUCUCCCAGCAUCCGGUCCUUCAGCAACGGAGUGAACUGUGACGACAGCUGUGAGAAAACCGAGCCUUGCAUCCCCAUCCCGAUUCCUCCUGGUGAUCCUCGCCUGCCCUCCCGCCCAGACAGCUGCAUCCCUUCAUUCAGGUCUGCCCCUACUUGCGGAACAGGAUACUCGGCCUACAAUUUUGGCGGAGAGCCCAAUAAGAGAGAGCAGAUCAAUGCCUUGACAGCCUUCUUGGAUCUCGGCCAGGUGUAUGGCUCAGAGGAAAAGCUUGCCCUCUCUCUUCGCGACCUGACUAAUGAUGGCGGCCUGAUGCGUGUGAACACAGAGUACAAGGACAAUGGGCGUGAGCUGCUGCCCUUCCAUCCUCUCCAGGUGAACAUGUGUGCCACUCGCAAGAGAGUCACCAAUGACACAAACGCCAAGGAGGUGCCCUGUUUCAUCGCAGGUGAUGUCCGCGUGGACGAGAACAUCGCUCUGACGUCCAUUCACACUCUGUUUUUGCGUGAGCAUAACCGCCUGGCUCGUGCGCUGAAAGCACUGAACCCACACUGGGACAGCGAGACCCUCUACCAAGAGGCCCGCAAGAUCAUGGGCGCUUACACGCAGGUGAUUGUGUUCAGGGACUAUCUGCCACACAUUGUGGGUACUGAUGCCAUGCGUAGACAGCUUGGCCGUUACCCCGGCUACAAUCCCAACGUCGACCCCACCAUCUCCAAUGUCUUUGCAACAGCGGCUUACCGCUUCGCCCACUUAGCCAUCCAGCCAUUCUUGCCCCGUCUGGAUCCAAAUUACAGGGAUAAUGCUCAGUUCCCCAAUGUGCCCUUGUUCAGGGCCUUCUUCACCCCCUGGAGAGUCAUCUUUGAAGGUGGUAUUGACCCUCUGCUGCGUGGUUUGCUCGGCCGUCCUGCUAAACUGAACACCCAGGAUCACAUGAUGGUGGAUGCUCUGAGGGAGAGGCUCUUCCAGUUUGUGCAGCAUUUAGCUUUGGACUUGGCCUCUCUCAACAUGCAGAGGGGACGUGACCAUGGCUUGCCUGGCUACAAUGCCUGGCGCAGGUUCUGUGGUCUGUCUCAGCCCAGAAACCAGGCAGAGCUCGGUCGAGUUCUGAACAACAGCGAUCUGGCCCGAAAGCUGCUGCAGCUCUACGGUACGGCCGACAACAUUGAUAUCUGGCUUGGAGGUGUGGCAGAACCAUUUGUCACAGGCGGCCGUGUGGGGCCUCUGUUUGCCUGCCUCAUUGCAACCCAGUUCCAGAGGAUCCGCCAGGGUGACAGGCUGUGGUAUGAGAAACCAGGCGUCUUCACCCCAAGACAGAGAGCUGCUCUGUCUUCUAUCAGCUUGUCCAAGAUCAUCUGUGACAACUCUGGCAUCACGUCUGUCUACAGAGACGCCUUCAGCGUGCCCUCAAACAGUAACCAGCUUGUCCUCUGCCGAACACUCCGAGGCCUGGACCUGUCGGCCUGGAGGGAGAGACCCUGCUCCGAGAACUCAGGCCCGGGUGAUAGCUGUUAUGAGGAUGCUACCCAGCAGGACCCCCAGGGCCUCCAGGACAACGAGGUCCAGUAGGACCUCCAGGCCCGAGAGGCCCUCCUGGACCACCAGCACUCAACAUCAAUGCCACACAGCCUCAGUCUGCCUUCUCCAUCAUCCUGGGCGAGUAUAACCCAUCCUCAGAGAAAAUCCUCCGUUUCCGUCAGGUC